CUAAUCCAGAAAUAGAAUUUCUUGAUGCAUUGAGAUUAUUUGAUUCUCCAGAAAUUGCUGAGAUUAUUUCAUUACAAGAAGCUAAAAAAGAAUAUCUCGAAGUAUUAAGAAUAUUAAAAUCUAUUUUGCAAUUUUAUCAAACUAAUAUUAUUAGUUCUGGAUGUGAAUUAUUAGAUAAUCAUUAUAAAGUUGAGAUAAAAAAAGAAAAAGGAUUAGAAGAAUUAGCUGGAUAUAUGACUAAACACAAUAGCAAGUUAUAUGUUUGUGAUUAUUGUGUAAGCUACCAAACCCAUGACUCCAAAAUUGAUGCUCAGCAUAUGAAAGAUUGUGAAGGAAUUAAUACUCCAGUCCAAAAAACAGUAAUGCUAUUG